AUGAAAAAAACCUAAUCUCUAUUUAAAAGAGUUAUAAUUUCGACUGAAAGGGGAAAGUACAAAGCCUGCUAAGUUUGUUAGAAAAAAUUUGGAACAGAACAUCAAUGCAAAAGGUAUAUGUUGCAUAUAUUUUAUAGAUGUAAAAGAGCUGUCUGUGAUAAGUGUUCUAGUUAUAAAGGAAGAGUAUUUACAGAAUCUGGAUAAGAAGAAAAAGCUUUUCAUAGAUAAUGUAAAGUUUGUAAGGAAGAAAGUGAUUCAAUAAAAAAAUUUGUGGAUUCUAAUAGAACAUAAUUUCUUUAAGAUACUAAGGCAAUAGAGUGGUUAAAGUAGUUUGGAGUUACAAAAGAAUAAGCUAAAGCAGUAAUUUAUAUAUGUAUAUUAUAUCUUAGGAAUAUUUGUAAGCGUAAAGCAAGAUUUCGCAGAGUGAAUAAUCAGAAGUCAGAAAACUCAAAAAUAAUCUAAAUAUAGCAUUUGCUGAGAUUCCUGGGGUUUUUAAUUAUUCAUUUAGAGAGUUUAUUUACUACGUAAUUAAGGAAAAUGAAUAUGAAACAUUGAAAUAAGUAACAGGUAGAGUGCUAGAAACAUUUCUUUCUAAUUAUCAUGAAGUUGGGUUUUCACCAGAUUUAAUUAUGUUGACUGUUUUUUUCCUUUGUUUUGGAACAGAAUCAUCUGCAUUCUCUUUGCUAAACAUUUUUUUUGCAGAAAUAAUAUAAGCAAAUUUAUAUCCUUCCAAUAUCAUGUCGUAUGACAAUGGCGAAGAUAUUGAUAGAGUAGUUUUAGUUCUUAGUUCUUCAUUUAAAAUGCAAUAACAAGACAAACCAUUAAUAACAAAUUUUUUGAAAUCAAGAUUAAUAAAAUAUUAACAGUGUUUUACUAUAAAUAUGUUACAAUUUGAAUCAACAUAUUAUGUUAUUGAUUCAUUAUAUUCUUUGCAGUAAAAAGCAUAAGAUGAAUUUAUUAAAUUUAUUGCAUCUGCUAUGUCAUAGAAUAUUGGUGAUGUAAAAGCUAAUCAAUUGCAUAUUGAAGAAAUUGAAGUUAUUUUGUUAAGAUAGGUUAAAUAUUCUAUGAUUGAAGAAGGAUAUUUUAAAACAAAAAGUGUAUAAUUUUCACCCUAUGUGAAAACAAUGUCAAGGUCUUAAAUUACAAGCAGAUUUUCUUCUGUUAUUUAAGAUUCUACAUCAAGCAAUAUGGAUUUUGAUAGAGUGACUAUUUUACAAAAAAUUGUAGAUAAUUAAAAAGAAGAAAUUGCAAAAUUAAAUUCUUAAAUAACUGGAACAGAAUUGGUUAGAAAAAGAACUGUUUAAUUAAAAUAAAAAGAUCAAAAUAAUAUAUAGAAUGAUUUAAAAUAAGUUGAAGAUGAAGACUUAGUAUUUUCUAAUUUGAGAAGAAAGACAUUGCAUCUUCUUAAUUAAGAAGAAGUUAAUGAAGAUGUUGCUAUUUUGACAGAUUAUAUCAAUAAAUUAGAAGAGGUUUUGAUAUUAAAGCAUAGAGUAGUCAAGGAUUAAAAUAUUAAAAUAUUAGAAAUUUAAGAAAAAAAUUAAAUAUUAUUUGAAGAAAUAUAAAAAUUAAAAAAAGAAGUUUAAUUAUCUGAAGUUAAAUUUAUAGAUUAAACUAAAAUUACUCAUUAGAUUGAAAAAGAAGUAAAUGAAAAAUCUAGAAUUAUUGAUGAAUAUAAGAAAAAAAAUAAAGAAUUGUAAGACAAUUUGAUAUCAGCUUAAAAUGAAAACAAUAAAUAUAAAAUUUAACUACUUGAAGUUAGAGCUUUAGAAGGAACAUAAGCUAUUAGUGAUGGAUUUAAAUAAAAUACAUAUUAGAGAGAAGUUUAAAGUUUAUAAGAUGAAACUGCUAGACUUAAAAAACAAAUUUCAGAAUUAGAAAAUUAGAUUUUAGAAUAAAAUUCAAAAUCAAGUGAUUAGAAUGAAACAAGAAAGCUUUAAAUUUAAAUAACUUAACUUGAAUAAUCAAAAUUUUUGAUUAAUGCUUAAUUGAGUUAAAGAGAGGCAACAAUAACCUAAUUAUAAAGAUAAAUUUAAGGACUUUUGGAUGAAAGUAGCAUUAAAUCUGAAAGUGAUUAAAUUAUUCAAGAAAAAAAGAAAAAUGCUGAGUUAUAACUGUAAAUAAGUAAUUAUUUAAACUCAGAAAAAGUGUGGAAAUCUAAGUUUAGUGAUAUUGAACAUAAACUUAAAGAAUAAGUAUUAAUAAAUUAAGAAUUGAAAACUAAAGUUAACUCAUCAAAUUCUUCUAUUACAAUAACAAAGGAUGAAAAUGAGAGAAGCUAUUAAAGAAUUAGGGAACAAUUAUAAUUAGAAUUGGAAGCUAAAACAGCUCUUACAAAAUAAUUGUUUUAACAAAUAGAAGAAUUGUCUAUUAAAUUAAAUUAAGAAAGAACUAAAUUUUAAAACUUAUAGAUUGAUUAUGAUCAAUUGUUAGAAUAAACUAAUUUUAGAUAAAAUAGGUCUUAAACAAUAUAACAAUAAAACUAAUAAAAAGAUUAAAGAAUUUAAGAAUUUAGUGCAUAAAUAGAAUAAUUAUAAUUAGAAUUGUCUAAAGCAAAAUCAUAAUAAACUUAAUUAUCUACUAUGCAUCAGAAUCUUUAAGAUAAUUUUAAAGCAGCAGAAAUGAAAAUAGUGGAAUUAGAGCAUUCAAAAAGAAUGUAUGAUAGAACAAUUUAAGAAAAAGUAGAAUUAAUAACUUCAUAUGAAACUAAAAUAAAAGAAUUAAAUACUUAAAAGGCAUAAUUAGAUGAUUAAUUAACAGAAAGUUUAAAAAAAUAAAGUGAUUACAGGGUUUAAUUAGAGGGUAUUUAAUUUUAGGUUGGAAAUAAAGGAAGAGAAUAAGAAAGUUUGAAAUAAAAAAUUGAAGAACAAGAAUUAAUAAUAUUAGGUUAUAAGGAAAUGAUACAUAAAGUUAAGGAAUCUAACGAAUAUGAAUAAAAUGAAAAAUCAAUCCUUGGAAAUGAAUAAGAAAAUCUUAAAAAAUAAUUACACAUGAAAGAGGAAUAAAUUAAAUCAAAAUAAGAAUAAAUUAAUAGUUUAAAUGAAUAGAUGAGAAGUUUGAAUGAAAAAGUGUCUAAUUUAGAAUAAUAAAGAACACUUUAACUAAAAUAAGUGAAACAUUUGGAAGAUUCAUUAAAUUCAAAAGAGAGAGAACAUAUGACAGAAGUAUCUAAAUUAAUUUCUGAAAGAGAUUUAUCUAAAUAACGGGUUAAUGAUAGUGAAGCUUAGAUAUUAAAAUUACAAUAAAAUGAUAAGAAAUUAAAAAAUGAAAUUUCAAACUUAAAUGAAGAAUUAUAAUAAUAAUUAUUAACACAGGAGCAAUUAAACCGAUAAAUUAAAGAUUAUGAGAUUUAAUAAAAUUCUUCAAGGGAAAUGUCUCUUGAAAAUAACAAAGUCUAAUAAAUAAGAUUAGAGAAGUUGGAACAACAAAACUAAAAUAUGAAUAUCAAGAUUGAAGCUUAAGGUUAAGAGAUUAAAUCCUAUAUUGCAAAAAUAGAAGAAUAAUUAACAACCAUAACUGAAUUAAAAUUUAAAGUAUAAGAUGAAGAAAGCUAAAGAAAAGCAAAAGAAAAAUAAGCUAAUGAUAAAAUUUAAUAAAUAGGUUUGUUAGAGAAUUAAUUAGUAAAAAUAUAAGAAAAGUAUAAUUAAUGUAAUAGGUAAUUAUAAGAGAUAUAAAAUCAAUAUGAUGAUCUUAAAAAAAAACAUGAUUUCGAAUCAAAUAAUAUGCAAUCUUUGUAAAGCAAAUCAAUUGAAUAUAAUUCAUUGUAAUAAAGAUACAUUGAUUAAAGUCAAAAGAUAAGUUCUUUAGAAAAAUAAUUAUUGGAUUAUAAUGAAAUCUCAGAUCAAUAUUAAAAGCAAAAACGAGAACUUUAAAGUUUAACGGAUUUGCUUGAUUCAAAGUUAGCAACUAUUAUAGCUCAUGAAACUAAAAUUAUUGAUUUAACAAAUUAAUUAAAAGAAUCUAAUUAAUAAUUAUAAUAAGUAAGAAGAGAAAAUCAUGAAAUUAUGCAAAAGAGAGCUUAAGAUAUGCAAGCUAUGGCUUAAUUAAAAUAAAUAGAAGUAGAAAAUGGAGAAUUAAAAUAAUAAGUUUAUUCUCAUGAAGCAACUAUUUAAAAUUAAGAAGCUUUAUUAUCAGUUUUAAAAGGAAAUUAAUUAAAUUUAGAAUAAAGCUAAAUGAAAUUAAAAAUUGAUUAUCAACAUUUGGAAGAAAAAUAUAAUGAAAAAUUGUAAGAUUUAGAUGAAAAAUCUAAGACUCUUAUCAAUCUCUAAAAUAAAUUUGAUUCGUUAAACUAUAGAGUUUCAUAAUAUGAAGAGAAUUUAAGAAUAAUAGAAGAAUAGAGAGAUGAUUAUUAAAGUAAAUAUGAAUUGGCGUUGCAGGAAUUAGAUAUAUAUAAAGGAAAGGAUAAAGAAAUUAAUCAAAUGGCAACUAAUAAAAUAGAACUAUAAGAAUAAAUGCAUUCGAUCUAAAAGAAAAAUAAAAUCUUAGAGAGAGAAUUAUAAGUUGCUUAAAAUGGAUUAUAAUCAAAAGAAUCGGAUAUUUUACAACUUUAACAUACUAUAUAGAAAAAGGAAUAAUAAAUAACUACAUUAGAAGGAGCAAUAGUUAAACUUAAAUCUGAUUUAUCUAAUUCAAAAAAUUCUUAUGAAUAAUUACAAUUAGAAUUAACUGAAAUGAAUUCAGAAUAAACUUCAUCAGGUGAAUUGUUUUCUUAGGUUAAAAAAUUAACUAGUGAUAAUUUAAAUAAAAACACUUAAAUUGAUUAAUUAAAAUUAUAAAUUAAUGAAUUAUAAGAUAAAAAUAGAAAUCUUGAAAAAUAAUAUAAUAAAUUAAGAGGAGAUGCUUUUGUAGGAAAUACAGUAAAUUCUGAUUCUUUUGAAUUAAGACAAAGAUUAGAAGAAUUAGAAAGUUAAUUUAAUAAGUCCUAAUUUACAAUCAAACAAAAAGAUUAAUAAAUUCAAGAAUUAAAAUAUUAACUUGAAAAUUAAAAUUAAUAAACAGUACCUUAAAAAGAAAAAUAGAAUAAUAAAUAGCAAAAGAAUCACACUAAUGAUACUGACAAUAUGAAAAUAUAAGAAUAUUAAUUUAUUAUUGAAUAAUAGACAGAAGAAAUAGAAAAUUUGAAAAGAAAUUCAUAAGGUUUAGGAGAAGAAUUAACAGAAUUACUAACUUAAAUUGUAAGUGUGUUCUUAAAAAAGAAAAUAAAAAAAGAUUAAUUAACUAUUGCAACAGUUCUUGAUUAAAUUAAAGUAUUUUAAAAGGAAAAUAAAAGUUUAACAAUUAGAGAAGAGGAUGAUGAAUAAGUAGUGCUGUAAAAGCUCUAAUAAUAUAGAGGUGACUAUAUCAACUUUAGAUUUCGGGUUGAAUAAAAUUUAACAAGAAUAACUGUUUUAAAGUAACAAAUGCUUUAAGUUAUAUCUGAAGCAAAGAUUUUUGGAAAGAAAAAAGAUGUAGAUAAAAAUAUGGAUGUAGAAAACUUAGUGAUGUAUUUAAAGUUGCUUUUAGAUUCCUAAGCUGUUUAGUAUAGCAAUUAAUUGUAACUAUGUUAAUAAUAUGAAGCCGAAUUAAAAUCAUAUUAAAAUAAUACAAGUCCUUAAGGUUAAAUUAUAUAAUAAGUCAAAGAAUUAUUAUCAAAGGCCCCAUUUUUAACAUAAUAAUAAAUAUACUAAUUUACAGAACCAAAAGUUUCUAUUAAAUUAAGAAAAGAUUAAGAUUAAGAAGAUGCCAGACUAUUAUUAGAAGCAAGAAAUUAAUAAAUUUAAUGGCUUAAAAAUUUGAUUAAUGAAAAAUAAGACCAAUUAGCGGUAAUGAACACAUAUUUAACAAAUUUGAAAUAACUGAUGGACAAAUAUCAUUUGAAAUGA